AUGAAAAAAGCUCCGGGUCCAUGCUGUCGGCGUCAAUCGAAUACGACUAUUAUUGCACUCCUUGCAGUCAUCCCUUUGUGCAGCAUCAACGUAUUCAGCAAUUUGUGGCAGUCCAUUUUCGCCGCUACGGAAAAUUCCAGCAAAGGGGAUGGAGAAGCCUUUCACAUGCUUCACUGGACACAAAAUCGGACCAAUCGGGAGGAGUUGCAUAGAGUUUCGUUGGCUACGCUGCCUACGACCGCGACUGCCGAUGCUAUCGGGAGUAUCUCCCGCCUUGGCAGCACCAGCGAGUCUGUCGAAAACUCCGACGGAACUUUCAACCAAAUUGUGGAGCUCCCUAUCGACGAAACGUUCUCGGCCUGCAUCCUGUUUAUGGACGACAAUCCCCGUCUAGUGGAGUGGUUGGUCUAUCAUUUCUUUGCCUUGAACUUGCGCGAAGUUGUCGUGGCCGUCGAUUGA